AUUUAAAAUAUUUUAAAUAAUUCAAUACAAUAACCUCACAAUAACUAGAAUAAUAUAGAAUCUUAAUUAAAUUUGAAUUAUUAUAUUGUCACAUUCUUAAAAAAGAAAUGUUUACUAAAGCUAGAACUGCUGGAGAUGGAAUGGAAUCUAAUGAAUGUGUUACCGAAAGUUCGGAACGAUAUAAACAAGUCAUUAAGAAAGACCAAAAGAGAGAGGUUUCACUAACUGGUCGCCUUGUACAAGUUUUUCCUACGAAAUUCAUAAGUUCAGAGAGAACAAGCUCACAGAUAUAUUCAAAAACCCCUAAGUUUGUUCCCUAUGAACCUUAUCCUGGUGCUGUUAAACCCAUAAUGGGUAAAACCCGUCCAAGAAACAAGAAAUCAAGGAAUAACAUGGAUAUUAACAAACUCAUCAGUCAAAUGUCACAAAUGAACACUGAUAUGACUGAAUAUAAACCAAGGAGUAAGUCCAACAAGGAAAAUAAAGAAAACCUUUAUGAUGGUAAGAAAUCAGACAGUGAAAACCAAAUGCAAAUUAGGCUUGAUGAGCUACAUAAAGAAAAUGAAUCACUAAAGGAGCAAUUAAAACAACAAGUCCAGGUAAACAAGGAACUUAAAACAAUGUUAGUGGCAUCAAUGGGUGAAGAUCUAGAAGUACAAGUCCAGUCUCUUAAUGAGGAUAAGAAACAUUUAGCUGAUGCCCUGCUCAACUCCUCCCAACAUCUAUCUACUCAUCAGGAACAAACUGAAUGGCUAGCUGGACAGUGCGAGGUGUGGAGAAGUAAAUUUUUAGCUAGCAGUUUAAUGAUAGAAGAAUUAGCUUCGUGUAAAAAAAUAUUAAAUGAGAAGACUUUGAAAUUGGAACAGGCUAUCAAACAAUUACUUGAUGAGCGGUGUAGAGUUAGGGAGAUGACUACAUGCACAUACAAAAACCUAUACCGCCUUCAUGACAACUGGCUGGAGAGUAUAGCCAUAGCUGAGUAUAUGGGAGCAAAUAAAGUUUCCCCUAGACCGAUUGGUAACCUUAACUUUAAUACUUCAAUACCACAUUCGGCGAAUAUAUUGGAUAUAGCAUCAGUAAAUUUAAAGUUAUCUGAGAAUAUAUCUAGCUCAGUUGAAAAACAAGAUGUUGGGCAUUUGGACGGACUAGUGACAACUACAGAAGCCGAAAAAUUUGCAGAAGAGGCAAUGGCAAUGCCAGUAGACGUGAAGAAAGUGAACGAAGAUCCUGUUAACGCAUUGGUGCAUCACGCUUAUAACAACAGCUCCAAUGUUACGCCACCAGUAGCAUCCUGCGCUCAUUGUAAUGGAAAAGUCCAAUUACUGUAAAUAAUAAUAAUUAUUAUAUGUACUAUCAGAGAAAUAGAUUCAUAGGCAGAUGAUGGACCUUUCGUAGUUUGGUUGAGCUAUGUCAAACCCAGCGGAA